UCCGAAAAAAAAAUAUAUAUGUACAUCCGGCUGUUUUUGAAAAGGAUCUGUUUAUUCUGUAUGAAAUUGGAUAAAUCAGCUAAAGUGCUAAUGUUUAUUGUCGUGUUUUGAGGAAUCGAGUUGUUUCAAAUUACAUAACGAAGAGUUCCGUUUGUGCGAAUGAGUCGUUGAACAAUAGUCAAUAACAAUAUUGACCGAGGCAAGCAUUUCUUUGUAACGAAUCAUCGACUGAACUUGUGUAAACAUGGGAGUAUCAAGUCUAACUCCAGACAACAGUGGCCCCACACUUGACUUAUCAGCUCAAAGCCUUCAAAAGUUGGAGCCAGAUUUUCCAUGUCAGGAGGACACCCACACACUUAUCCUGGACCACAAUCAUAUCAUCAAGCUGGAGCACCUGGACAAGAGUCACAGGCUUCAGCAGCUCUCUGUGGCCAAUAACCGGCUUGUCCGGAUGAUGGGUGUAUCCCGCCUUACUGAACUCAGGGUGCUAAACCUGCCCAACAACAGCAUUGGUUAUAUUGAGGGACUGAAGGAUUUGGUGCAUCUGGAGUGGCUCAACCUGGCUGGGAACAAUAUCAAGGUCAUGGAUCAGCUCAGCAACUGCUCAGCACUUCAGCACCUAGACCUUUCUGACAACAACAUCUCUCAGAUCGGUGACCUUUCCAAGCUCUCCAUUUUGAAGACACUCCUCUUGCAUGGGAAUAUCAUCACUACACUACGCACUGGCCCAGCACACCUGCCUCCCAGCCUCCAUGUUCUCUCCCUCGCUGAAAAUGAGAUCAGAGACCUUAAUGAGGUGUCCUACUUGGCAUCCCUUCCAGAGCUGGAACAGCUGUCUGUCAUGAGUAAUCCCUGUGUGUUGUCCACACCAUCCUUGCCUGGAUACGACUGCCGGCCAUACAUCAUCAGCUGGUGCCUGAGUCUGAAGAUCCUGGAUGGAUACAUAGUGUCACAGAAAGAAGGGCUAAAAGCGGAGUGGCUCUACAGUCAGGGUAAAGGUCGCUUGUUCCGGCCUGGGCAGCAUGCGCAGCUGGUACAGUACCUGGCUACUGUCUGCCCCCUCACCUCUGCAUCUGCACUCCAGUCUGCAGAGGAUGCUAAACUGGAGAAAAUUCUUAGUAAACAGAGGCUUCAUCAAAGACAGCUGCUGCAGCAGACCCAGAGAGUAUCCCAGAACCCAGUGCGGCCCAUGCAGCUGGAUGUAGAACAGCAGCGCCCUCGCCAUGUCCAGCAGUCUGGGCUGAAGGAUAGGCCAGCCACACCUGAGACAGGAGUGUCCUGGAAACAGAUAGCUGAGCCAGCUUUAAAGGUGAACACAUGGGUGGCAGGUGAUCAUUCCUACAGUAUAGCUCCUUGUGGCCCCACCCCUGCAUCUUGCGGGGAGACUCUGUACCUGGAGGAUGUGCAAACGGAUGAGGAUAAGCUUAGCUUCAGCCUACUCUCCUCUGACUCUGCCUUACUGCACCCACCUGUGACCAUGUCAUCCACAAAGAGAGAGAUGGAUGAGCCUGUCUCCUUAGCUACUGAAAGCACAGACGCAGGGACUGGUCAGGAGUAUCCUUACACAGAACCUGAAAAAGAGUUGGUCCUAGGUGACUGCUCAGAUUGCACCGUCGUGGAAGUGAGCCUGCAACAAGCACAACGGUGUGAGGCUGCAGAAGCUGCGCUGAAGAUCCAAGCAUGGUGGCGUGGCUACUGGACCCGACGGCACCAUCUGCAGGCUAGAGAGGUCCGGGCUGAGAUCCGAUUGCGCAGGAUGCAAGAACACAUAACCUUCCUUUCGACCGAGCUGGAAUGUGUACGUAAACAGCAGGAGGAGGAGAGAUUACAGAGGAUGGUACAAGAGGAGGCUGUGAAGUUUCUGUGGAAACAGCUGCAAUCUAUGCAGGAAUGGCAGCGCAGUAUGGAGGAGCGUCUGGGUGCUUUCGGGGGCAUGCCUGUGCCCGCUGCUGUUGAGCCCCCUACACCAGACUGCAGCAGUGCUGCAUCCCCUUACCCUGCCCCUGGUCCCUUGUUCCUGCCUGACUCGGGCUUUCAGUCAUCAGGGCUGCCACAUGGAGUGAUAGAUAUCCUAAGCAGCGAGCCUGGAGAUUUUGUGGAGACUGAGGUCGAGGAUCAGGACUGCAUUCUUCUGCAGCAGUACCUCUGCUCUGUUCAGCAGUGUGAGGAUGAGGAGCAGAAUAGUGAGGGGGACAGUGGCAUUAGAGGGUUACCCUUAUCUCCAGCUCCCCAAGAUGAGCAGCCUAAUGAAUAAGUACCAGCAACAAAAAAGCCUGGUAUUUCUUCAGACCCCACAACCCUGAUGAGGAACCUGAUGUGGAUUUCAUUAUUCAUAUUGACUGUUUGAAGUCCUGCAACUGAAACUAUACUCUGCUGCAAACAACACUGAAAAGACCAAUCAUCUCUAAAGCUGCAUUCCAUCUUCACGGUGAUGGUCUUAUAAUAUAUAAUGCAUGUAAAAAUCACAAAUUGUGUCUUAAUAAUGAUACCUCCAAGAAUUGCCAAAUGCCUGCUGUAUGCAAUAAGUAGCUGGCCUAGAGGUUUAUGCAGUACGAAGUGGGCUCAGUAAGGAAGGUAUGUGAUCGGAAUAAAUGGAGACAACCAUUUGUCUGCAUGGAUUCCCCUGAUGUCAGCAUGCUGAGGAACACCUUUUGCCAAGCUGUACUCCUAUCUUAAUAGUACCUCUUUGCAUGACGAGCUUAUAGUUGCAGCAUUUUCUGCAUGUUAGGAAGUUGUCAGCUUUGAUAUUUCAAGGAAUACUGGGUAUCCGUGUUAAGCAGUGGUAAUGCACUUAGUCACAGGCUUGUCAUUAAUCCACACCAAGUUCUGUAAAGCUGCUCACAAUAUCUUUUUUUUAUAAUAAAACUUUGUUGCUCCAUCUGAACAUAUGAAA